AGUGUAAUCUAAAGAAAUAAGGGGUCAUGUUCCGUACUGUAUAAGGAUAUUUAUUUACCCUAUAUCGCAUUGUCUAUGCACGUGGCCGCGCGGCCGUUACUGAGGAUAGUUCAUGCAUUUGGCAUGACGUGAGUCUAAGAAAUGAAUAAAAAAAUAUGAAAAGAACGUUUACAAAAUGCGUGACUUCCAGCUGAAUGCGACUGCGCAGCGGGAACAAAUGCGCAGAAUGUGCAGCAACGAAAUCGUUCCGCAUAAGUGAGCUCCGCGUGGUCUUCGAUAAAAUUUCGCUGGAGAUAUAUGUAGGCUCUAUUGCGCGCUUCGUCCUCGUUUGUUUGUCUUCGUCUUUUCGUGCCCGAAAAUUCACCCUCUCUGGUAGCCCAUUUUCCCGAGGCGAGCUAAAGAAGAAGAGGACGGAACACUGGAAGCUGCUGCGACGUGUCGAACAUGCCGCUGUUCCCUUCGCGGCGGCGUCGGUCCCGCUUCGUGCUCAAAAUCUCGAUCGCCUUCAUGAUCGCCUUCACGCUGUUCGUCAUCUGGAAGGACGCGUGGUACCACCACGGAAAGUCGGCGCCCUCUGCCACCCGAAAAGCGGGCGCCAGGCGCUCGCGGCGGUCCACCCAGAAGUCUGCCAACAACGCCUGGAAGUGGAUGCCGACCACCGAGGGCACCGCGGUCUCCUUCUACGACGCCCUGUCGACGCCCGACGCGGUCAUCGACGGCCCGGAGGACACGUCCGGCGAGGACGCCGAAGAGCGGGAGUUCAUGGCUCGUUUCCGCAAGGACUGGGGACGGGACGGCCGCGGCGUGUACCUCUCGGGACCCGAGAAAGUGGCGGCCGACAAGCAGUACAGCAAGGCUGGCUUCAACGUGUACUUGAGCGACAGGAUACCCUUGAACCGGACGGUGUUUGACAACCGGCCGCGCAAGUGCCUGGUGUUGACGUACCCGAAGGACCUGCCAUCGGUAAGCGUGGUCAUAACCUUCUACAACGAGAUCCUGUCGGCGCUGCUGCGCACCGUGUACAGCGUCGUGAACCGGAGCCCGCCGCGCAUCCUGCGCGAGGUCGUGCUCGUGGACGACUUCAGCGACCUGCCGGAGGUGAAGUCGCAGCUGUACCGCUUCCUGAGGCGCCACUUCCGGCCAGGCUUCAUCCGCCUGCUGAGGCUGUCGCAGCGCGAGGGCCUGAUCAGGGCUCGGCUGGCCGGCGCCAAGGCUGCGCUCGGCGACGUGGUCGUCUUCCUGGACUCCCACUGCGAGGUACUCGCCGUGCGCCAGAACGCAGAUUUCAUCACUGGGAGGCGCUUGUGCGUACGAUGGUGUGACCAUAUAUACUACACGCAGGGCGGAGGGGAGUUCUUCCUGCAGCUGGGCAGCUUCCAGUGGGACGGCGACUUCACGUGGAUCAUUCCGCCGCCGGGCUGGCGCCGCCCGGACCCGACCCAACCGAUGCGCAGCCCGACCAUCGCGGGCGGCCUGUUCGCCGUGGACAGGCGCUACUUCUUCCAGAUGGGCGGCUACGACCCCGGCAUGAACGGGUGGGGAGGCGAGAACCUCGAGCUCUCCUUCCGCAUCUGGAUGUGCGGCGGCCGUCUCGUAGUCGUGCCCUGCUCGCAGGUGGGCCACGUGUUCCGGUCUCUGCGUCCUUACACGAUCCCCAACGAGAAGGACAGCCACGCGCGCAACACCAAGCGUGCGGCCGAGGUGUGGAUGGACGAUUACCGGUACAUCUUCUACGAGAAUAAGCCCAUCUUCAACGAGCUGGACGCGGGGGACCUGACGGAGCGCAAGAAGCUGCGCGAAGACCUCAACUGCCACAACUUCCGCUGGUACCUCGAGCACAUCUAUCCCGGGGAAGUGCCGCCGAUACCGGAAAUUCCGCCGGAGGGUUAUGACGGCGGCGAGGACACCGUCGAGCACUAAGUGUGGGCACACGUUGCCACCUCCAGGCCUUCUGGUCAAUCAAAGACUGGCGCGGUCAAGCUACACCGUCUCCAAAGCCCUGCCUAUAGACGGCACUUGGCCUCGGCGCCCCUACUGUGACAACUCGAUGCCGCCGUGUAGGUUGCCUGAUUGUUUGUUAAUGAAUGGCUGCAUUAAAAGAGAGAGAGA